CGAUAAUAAUUUAUAAAUACUGCGAAGUUGCAAUUCAAGUUAUCGAUACUUCGCGAAAUAAGUUAAUUGUGGUGGGAAUGUAAUAAAAUAAAAAUGUGACAUUGUCGACAAGACAAAAAUAACCAGAAUAAGGCAUUGCGAGAUUAGGCUUAUAUUUAAUUGUUUAAAGUUAAUAUAAAGUAUAUAAACGUAUCCUUAUUUCCUGAACUACUUCAGCCAGUAGGGCAAUUGGGGCGGGACUACACUGUCCCGUCUCUUAAUUUGAUUGGCCAGCGAUAUUAAGCGACUGUGAUUUCAUCCAAUUGCUGUCCGGACAAGCAGAACCAGCGGGCGAGGUUUAGGGAAGUUCGAUCAAACGUAAGUUCUCGUUUGAGUUGGUCUUUCGACUUUUAAAAAAAAAAACUGUAUGAACUAGAACAGCUGGUAAAAAUAAUUUAAGAAAUCAUCCACGCACGUGUCGGAGCUGUGAGUAGAGUGUGUGUGUGUGAGGGAUCGUUGAACCUGCGGGAAAGUCCUUUCCAUGAGGAGGGAUGAUGGUGAUGAAGUUGUUGGACUUUGACAGACUUGUCUGAUCUCACUAGAGCUCUUUUAACCCCAGAACAUUAAAAACCUGAAUUAACUGAUCAAUAACAGCUGGAUAUACAGGUGGCACUCGAUCAGGUGCUGAUGGAGCACUUCUUCAUUUCUUGAACUCUUGUAUCUUCAUUUCCCUGUGACCAGUGGACUUGUGUGUAAUCUUGUCCCCUAUCAUCCCCCCCACCACCGCCUGCCCUGCAGCCUCCAUCUCUGUGAAAUGAAUAACAGGCCACCAGUUCCAGGCUGCAGGCUGAAGACUGGGGUCUCAACAUGGAGAUCUGUGAUAUCAUCAAUGAAACGGACGAGGGGCCAAAAGAUGCCGUCAGAGCGAUAAAGAAGAGAAUCGUGGGGAAUAAAAAUUUCAGAGAAGUCAUGCUAGCACUUACUGUGCUGGAGACGUGUGUAAAGAACUGUGGCCACAGAUUCCAUGUGUUAGUGUCAACGAAAGAGUUUGUGGAGGGAGUUUUGGUGCGAACCAUUCUGCCCAAGAACAACCCCCCGAUGGUCCUGCACGACCGGGUGCUGAGCCUCAUACAGGCCUGGGCAGAUGCAUUUCGCAGCUCCCCAACUCUGACAGGCGUAGUCUCUGUGUAUGAGGACCUCAAGAAAAGAGGGCUGGAGUUUCCCAUGACCGACCUGGAUGCCCUCUCCCCCAUCCACACUCCUUACAGGAGUGUACCGGAAACUGAGCCUUCCACACCACCCACUCAGUCUUCUGCUGGCGCAAAAUCAACCCAAGCCAGUUCACCCCCUUCCAACAUGGAACCAAGCACCAUCUCACCUGAGCAGGUACAGAAGCUGAAAGCCGACAUGGAAGUAGUCAGAGGAAACCAGACGGUGAUGUCGGAGAUGCUGAGCCAGUUGAACCCCAGUAACGCCAAACCGUCGGACAUUGAGCUCCUUCAGCAGCUGUACACUGUGUGUAGAAGCAUGCAGGAGAGGGUGCUGGAGCUGAUCCCCAGGCUGACAAACGAGGGGCUGAUCGAGGAGCUGCUGGCUGUCAACGAUGACCUGAACAAUGCCUUCAUCAGCUACCACAGGUUCGAGAGACUUCGCAACUCACCGAAUGCUACGCAGGAGCCUUCUGAUGCAGAUUCUGCAAAUCUCAUUGACCUCAGUUCUGCAUCAGCAUCUGCCAAUCAACCUGCUGCCACUCCUGCCAAUCAGCACAACAGCAAAUCAGCUAUUAACACUCUGUCCAGUGAGCAGGCCAACCCCAGUGCUGGGGUGGAUGAUGAGUUUGACAUGUUUGCUCAGACCAGGAGCAGCUCCCUUGCUGAACAGAGGAAGAGUGUACGGUACGAAGACCCAGGCACAAUGGAAGGAUUGGCAGGAGCUCUUGACACUAGACUGCAAGUCACGGGAGUGAUCCCUGCUGCCCAGAGCGUGGCCUCGGAUGACGUUGAGAAGUGGCUGUCUGCAGAUGCGGAAGAAGUGCCUGAAGAGGGAGAGGGUGUGACCAGUGAGGAGUUCAACAAAUUCCUGGAGGAGCGGGCGAAAGUUGCCGACCAGCUCCCUUCGCUUUCUGAAACAACAUCCCCCACCGUUCGACACCAGACUCAGCCCACACGGCAACAGGAGAGCUCACAUGACCAGUUCUUCAUGCUUUAAGAGGCUGAAGGAAGUGGUUGUCUGGCACUGAUGAACUGAGGAACAAAAACUACACAUUGAGCAUUAAAUUCAGUGGUCUAAUUGAUGGUACAACACACCAUCAUGUCCGUACUUAGCUUAGGAGCUGUUUUUGUGCGGUUGUACUACCAUAAACCACUAGAGGGCAUCUUCUAGGAUUGGGAUGCAGCAAAAAAACACUUAAAUCAUAAGAAAAAGAUGCUGGAAUUUAGUCACACUGAAUUAUAUAAAUGCAGAUUUUUUUUUAAUGUUAAUGUGUACUUAUGAGACAUUAAAACUUUUUGAUAUGUAAUAUCACUACUAUUCAUGUGAAAUACUGAUUAUUGUAACUAAUAAAAAGGCACUAU